CCCCCCCCCCCCCGCCCAAACAAAAUUUGACCUUGUUGAUGACCUCUUGAAAACCCUACUCUCCUAUCUUCCUUCAUGCCUCCACCACCGCCACCGUCGUCGCCGCUGUUAACCACCGUUUUCUUUUUCUCUUUUCAAUGGCUGCUGCUCACAAAAGCUACUCUCACUCACCAUUCAUGUUCAUCUAGCCCAGAAUUCUUGUCUAGAUCCCCAUGCCCGCCUUUCAGUUCGACGCCACCUUUCCCUUUCUCUUCCUCUUCUGGGUGUGGCCAUCCGUCUUUCCAAAUCAAUUGCUCCACUCCUCACUCCACCAUCUCCAUUAACAACCACUCUUUUUCUUUACGCAGCUUCGAUCCAAACUCAUCCUCCCUCACUGUAUCUCCUUUACCUCCACCGACUUCAUUCUCUUCCGCUUCCGACUGCUCUUCUUUCCAUUUCUUUCCUGUCAAUCUUUCCGGUUCACCGUUUCGAAUCUCCGACGCUUCUUGCUCUAGACUGUCGGUUCUCCGUUCUUGUUCCCCUUCAAGUCUUCCCAAUUGUACCCAAUGUGCCCGGGAAUGUGGGGCUAUUAAAAACCCGGUCAAGCUCCUCCAUGGCUGCGGGUCGACCCGUCCUCUUCCCGAGCAAGGCUGCCAUGCUGAUAUAUUAGGUUACCUCGAAAGUUUCUUCUUCCAAAUGGGUUUUCAGAUUGAAUGGGACGAAGCUCAAGACUCUUACUUCUCGAGCUGUAAAGAUUGUAGAUCGAAGAAUGGUGUUUGCGGAUUCAAUUCAUCCGAUCCCAACAAAAAUUUCAUUUGUUUCCAAGCCAAAACCACCAUUUCCCCUACUUGGAAUCAUGUUGAUCACCCUCAUAAAAUCGCGAUAUUAUCAUCUGUUUUCGCAUUAAUCUGCAUUUUCCUAGUUUUUUCAGUAACAUUUACUGUUCUCCGAUCCAAGAAACUUAGAUCCCAAUCCGUAGAAGAAGACCCGACAACUUUAUUCCUACGGCGUCACCGUUCCGCUAGUCUUCUCCCUACCGUUUUCACUUACGAAGAACUGGAAUCUGCCACCAAUAAAUUCGACCCGAAACGCAAAAUCGGCGACGGCGGCUUUGGGUCGGUGUAUUUGGGUAAACUCCACGACAAUCGGAUAUUAGCAGUUAAGUACCUUCACAAAAACAACCCAUUGGGCAACGCUUUAUCAACCAAGUUUUUCUGCAACGAAAUCUUAAUCCUUUCGUCGAUUAACCACCCGAAUCUCGUUAAACUUCACGGUUAUUGCAGCGACCCAAGAGGGCUACUUUUGGUUUACGAUUAUGUUCCAAAUGGAACCCUUGCCGACCACCUGCACGGCCGUUCAAAAGUCUCGUUGACUUGGCCGGUGAGGCUCGAAAUAGCUUUGCAAACGGCUCUGGCUGUUGAGUAUUUGCAUUUCUCGGUUCUGCCGCCGAUUGUUCAUCGAGAUAUCACGACAUCAAAUAUUUUCGUUGAGAGAGACAUGAGGAUUAAAGUUGGAGAUUUUGGGCUUUCCAGGCUUUUGGCUUUCCCUGAAAACUCGUCAUCGAAGUCGGAAUUUGUUUGCACCGGGCCUCAGGGAACACCCGGGUAUUUGGAUCCGGAUUACCACCGGUCGUUCCGGCUAACGGAGAAAAGCGACGUUUACAGCUUCGGCGUCGUUUUAUUGGAGUUGAUUUCUGGGUUGAAGGCGGUGGACCAAAGGCGGGAGAAGUGGGAAAUGGCGUUGGCUGAUCUUGUCGUUUCGAAGAUCCAGAUGGGCUUGCUGAUUCAGGUGGUGGACCACGCUUUGAUCAUCGACGGGAAACCGGCGGACGGUGUCGAUGCGGUGGCGGAACUGGCGUUCCGGUGUGUGGCGACUGAUAAGGAUGAUCGACCAGAUGCAAGGGAGAUUGUGGGGGAACUCAAACGAAUUAAGAGCCGAACACGUGUGCUUAGAGUGUCGUAUUCGAAUGCGAGUAAUGCUGACGUGGGGAAGAGUUGAUUUGGAUUUGACGUAACGUGGGGGAGUGAGUGGGGACCCACGUGCACAUGUGGGUUUUGACUGGACCACAUGUCAGAAAUGUUUCUCCCUUUGUUUUGAUUUCUUAACUGUAGUUUUACGGUUCUUUACUCUCUUGCUUCUUUUGCUCGGUAAAUUUUCUAUAUUUACCAUAUGUAUGUGUACAUAAAGAGAAAAACCAUUCCAAAAUUUACCCAUUUGCAGUAUAUUAUCAACUGGAGUUAAAAAAAAACAUACUA